AUGCAGCUCCAGGUCGGCAAGCCCGUCGCCGGCGCAGAGCACUACAACGGCAUGGUCGACUGCUUCCGCAAGAUCAUCGCAAAGGAAGGCGCCGGCCGCCUGUACCGCGGCCUCGUGCCGCCCCUCAUGCUCGAGGCGCCAAAGCGUGCCGUCAAGUUCGCCGCCAACGACUUUUGGGGCAAGACGUUCAAGACGACGUUCGGCGUCGACAAGAUGACCCAGGGCCUGUCGAUCCUGACGGGCUGCAGCGCGGGCGCCACCGAGAGCAUCGUCGUCGUCCCGUUCGAGCUCGUCAAGAUUCGCCUCCAGGACAAGAACAGCACGUACAAGGGCCCGAUGGACGUCGUCGGCCAGAUCAUCAAGAAGGAGGGCCUCUUGGGCAUGUACGCCGGACUCGAGCCCACCUUUUGGCGGCACGUCAUGUGGAACGGCGGCUACUUCGGCUGCAUCUUCCAGGUCCGCAGCCUCAUGCCCAAAGCCCAGACCAAGUCGGCGCAGCUCUUCAACGACUUUGUCUCGGGCGCGGUCGGCGGCUUUGUCGGUACCGCCUUCAACACGCCCUUCGACGUCGUCAAGUCGCGCGUCCAGAACUCGAUCAAGGUUGCAGGUCAGGCGCCCAAGUACAGCUGGACGUUCCCCUCCCUCUUGCUCAUCGCUCGCGAGGAGGGUUUCGGCGCCCUCUACUCGGGCUUCCUCCCCAAAGUGCUCCGACUCGCGCCCGGCGGCGGUGUCCUCCUCCUCGUCGUCGAGUUCACUCUCGGCGUCUUCCGCAAGCAGCUCGGUCCUCCGUAUUUGUAA